AUCUUAAAUCAAAUUAAUCUGAGCAAUUGACGCUGUUUUUUAGACUUCUUUUUAAUGAUUUAACUUCAUGACUCAAAGAGCUGCUGCUAUGGCAUUGUGCAUUUUGUAGGCGAUAUCUUGCCAUAUAAAUCAUAUCUAGACUGGCUUUUAUUUUUUCCCUGAGACAAUGGCAAUUCAAUUGAUAUCGAAGCCACCCAGAUUGAUUCAGCUUCCAUUAACAACCCAUCAGCACUUGGAAACCCUUCCUUCUUCUCGUUCUGCAAUCAAUACUAGAAAAUUUGCCAUUUUCUGUGCCGGCCCACUGGAAACCCCAGAUAAGAGUCUUGUGACGCAACUCCUGGUUAACAAAUAUGAGUUUACAGAGAGAAGCAUAAGAAGGGCGCUGAGACAUUGCCCCAAAAUGCUUCAUUCAACAUCAACGCAGAAUUUGGAACAAGUACUAGAAUUACUGGAGAGCUACGGUUUGACCCCUCUUCAAAUCCGAAGAGUCGUCGUUUGCAAUCCUAGAUUGUUUGAAUUAAAUCCCAAGAAAAACAUUAAGCCCAAGCUUAGCUUCCUUAAGACUAUUGUCAAGGAAAAGGAUAUCCCCAAACUAAUUUCAUUGAAUCCAAGACUUUUCAACUUGAGUCUUGAGCCUAGGCUUAAAAAUGCAGUUUCAUUUUUGCAAAAAUGCGGUUUUGAGGGCGAGGAAUUGUCCUUCAUGGUGGCCACAGUGCCCAAGCUGUUGACAGUUUCAGAGGCAAAUGCUGUGAGAUUAUUUAAUCAAGUAGAGGCUUUUGGCCACAAGAAAGGGUCGCCCAUGUUUGCGGUUUCUUUGCGCUCCCUUAUGGGAAUUAGUAAUGAUUAUUUAGAGAAAAAACUCUGUUUUUUGUACCGUUUAGGGUUUUCGAAGGAACAGGUGCUGGUUUUGUGUCGGCGGAAACCUCAGAUUCUGGAGUUUUCGAGGGGAAAGAUGAAGAGAAAUGUAGAGUUUUUGGUAAAUUAUGCAGGGCUUCCAUUGAGUGAGAUUGUGAAAUACCCCCAUUUGUUGGCAUACAGCUUGGAAGCAAGAAUAAUCCCCAGACAGAGAGUAUUUGAAGCGUUAAAGUCUAUGGGAGCGAUAAAGAGAACAAAGAGUUUUCCUCAGAUUGUCAUGUUGAAUGAGGAACGUUUCAUGGAGAAGUAUGUCAUUUCAAAUGCCAAAUCAUCUUAUUUGCUAAAUGUGUUCAAAGGGAAAAACGAUACCGAGUUUGCUGAUAGGCAGGAAUAUCUGAUGAGCAUGGUAGAAAAUGAUUACCAGCUUCAGUAUGAUUUUUUCUAGGUGCUAUGUUUCAAAGUAGCCUGGUGAUGGAAGAAACAGAUUACAGCAAUGUAGAUUUUCACAGUUUUCUUCUUUCUUGCCGCAAGCAAAUUCCAUUAUAGCAUCAAAGGCAUGCAGCUGCAGAUGAUCAUGUUAUAAGAACGAGACAUAAGUAUGGAAUCAAUUUAAUGAUCGUUCUACGGAAGCUGAGGUGACUUGCUACAGUGCUUCACUAAAUUCAGGUUGCCUCUUUAUGGCAACCUUUGCUCAUCAUGGGAGAUCUUGUCUGUGAAAGACAAAAAAUGAAUUCGCUUGAUAAACCAGACGCAUCAGUUACCUGUUACUUCCACUCACAAUGCGUUUGAUUCCAAUCAUGGAAAUGAGAGGUUUUAACUGUGCUCUUAAUGAUGCCUACUUUAUUAUUUUCAUGGGAUGGACAUUACAUAUUUUUAUGAUCUUUUGGUUGUGUUGGCUUACAAGUUCAUUAAAUUUCCUUCUUGUGAGUUUUCUCUUAUCACUCUUCUCUAUUCUUUAAUGGCCUCGCAAUCCAUAUCCCAAUAUAUAGUUGUAAGAGUUUUUAUGAUCAAGUUCAUUAAAUUUCC